AUGCUAGCAUGCAAAUUGAUAAUUCGACAAGCCCAAUUAGAAGAGUUUGGUGAGGAAGUAACGCACAUAAAGACAAGUACCAGUGGAUUACCUAAAGGGAACAAACUCUGUCGACUGAAUCCAUUCCUCAAUGAAGAUAACCUUCUUUGUGUUGGGGGAAGGCUCCACCAUUCACAUCUUCAAGCACAAGAAAAACACCCCAUACUUCUGCCAAAGAACCAUCACAUUUCGAAACUUGUUAUACAUUACUACCACCAACAAACACAUCACCAAGGCAGGCAGAUCACGCAUGGAUCCAUAAGGAGUGCUGGCUACUGGAUUAUUGGUGGUCGCCAAAUGGUUGCAACAAUCAUCGGGAAGUGUGUUACAUGUAGACGGCUCAGGAGGUCUACGGAAACACAAAUCAUGGCAGAUCUGCCUCAAGAUAGGAUUGAACCUGGUCCACCUUUUACCAAUGUCGGACUGGAUGUGUUCGGUCCUUGGCUGAUUAACGCCAGGAAAACUAGAGGGUCAUCUGUCAACAAAAAACGAUGGGGAGUUAUCUUCACAUGCCUUGCUUCAAGGGCAAUUCAUAUCGAAAUUGUGGAAUCAAUGGACACAAGUGCAUUUAUUUGUGCAUUAAGGAGAUUUAUUGCUAUCCGUGGACCCAUUGCAUUACUAAGGUGCGAUAGAGGCACCAACUUCAUUGGAGCGGAAUCUGAGUUAGACCAAGCCUUAUCUGAAAUUGACCAGGAUAUCGUUAGCAGACAUCUUACAGAUAAAGGAUGUCAGUUGGAAUUUAACCCCCUACACUCUUCCCACUUCGGUGGCGUUUGGGAACGCCAAAUCAGGACAGUUCGUCAGGUCUUUAAUGCCAUGAUGUUAGAACUUGGACCUCGCCAGUUAACGCACGAACUGUUAACAACUUUGGCUGAAGCGUCUGCUAUUGUAAAUUCGAGACCAAUCGUUACUAUUUCCUCGGAUCCGAAUGACCCACAGCCACUUACUCCAAACAUGCUCUUAACUAUGAAAACUCGCCCAUUGGUUACAGCCCCAUGA